AGCUGAUGUUCGAGUAACCUCAUUUUUUCUCGCUUUUCUGUGAUGAUUCCGGCGUUGUGAUUUUCAGACGGCUCUGUCCCGCUCUUUUCAUCAUUAUACUCGAUAGGAUGAAUGAAUAUUGAUGAUACAUUACCUGAUUUCUUAGUCAUAGAGGGAGAACUCAAUAGCAUUCUACAUGCUCCAGUGAAAAGCUAUAAGGAAGAUAUUAGCCCACCAUCCCAGAUGAUAGAUUCCUCAAAUCCCGAAAAUGGAAGCAAUGCUCCAGGGAAAAGCUGUAAGGAAGAUAUUAGCCCACCAUCCCAGAUGAUAGAUUCCUCAAAUUGUGAAAAUGGAACCAAUGCUCCAGGGAAAAGCUUUAAGGAAGGUAUUAGCCCACCAUCCCAGAUGAUAGAUUCCUGGAAUCGUGAAAAUGGAAGCUCUCUUGAUGCAGGCUCAUCCGUCCUGAUUGGAACUGUGGAAAGUUUUUCUCCUUCAAAGAAUUUUGCACCAUGUUUUGAAAAUCAGAUUUGUAAUAAUAAGAGAGAUCAAACAUUCUGCUCUGUGGAUUGUGAAGCUGCUUUACCUCCAUCUAAACGUCUUCAUCGAGCUUUAGAAGCCAUGUCAGCUAAUGCUGCGGAAGAAGGUCAGGCUCGCAUAGAAUCAUCAGCCUCCAGAAUGACAUCAAUUGGCACAUGCUGUAUAUCUGCUAUCAAGACAAGCCAAAAUAUGACUAUUAAUGAUCAUGAAGGUGGUAGUUUAGAGCUGCAAAAGUUCAAUGCCUGUGAUGGUGAUUCUUCUCAUAUCAUUGUGCAUAGUUUGCCAGCUAAUUCAAAUCAAGUGGAUAAGCUGUCAACCAGGUUCCAACCACAAAAAACUGGCACAGAUGUUCUCGCAGGUGCUGCAGAUAAAGUUGAAGAACUCAGUGAUUUUGUGGUUUGUCAUGCUACUAAUGCGGAUUCGGAAAUUCAGGUUCAUAGGGAAAUUUCUCCAAAUUUUGAUUCAAAGUGUUAUGAAGUUGAAAGCAAUCAAGAUUCACCUGACCUGUCAUUACCACCAAUUAGUGAAGACAAUAUUAUAACAUCGAAUCAUUCAAAUACAGCAUCUGAUGCAUCAGAGCACAAUGGAAUAAGCCAUCUUUCCGUGGCAGAUGUGAUUAAGAAAGAAGUUAUUUCCCCUCAAAAUAAUAUUGCUCUGCCUCAGAAUGAGGUUGCUAUUUCUGAGGAUAUGAAGUGUCUGACGCCAGUAGUUGUGGAUGUUGACAGAGCAAAUGACAUGAGUGAGGUCAUAAAAGAGGUAAAGUGUAAAGGACCAGAGGAGGAUUUGAAUUCUGUUUCAACAUCUGACUGUCUGGGUCAAAAGGUUAUUUCGGGCAUUCGGUCAAGUACAUCCCUGACAGAUGGGGGAGACUGCCUUCCACAAGGAUCACCUCCAAACACGUCAAUUUGCAAUGUAUCCACAUCAGACAGUAGUAAUAUGCUUCACAAUGGAAGUUGUAGUCCUGAUGUACAUUUACACCAGAAACAAACUUUUUCUGGUCCCGUUGAUGAAAAUAAGUAUGGAUCUGAGGCAACUCAACAAUCAAGAUCAAUGGGCAAGUCAACUGAAGCGGGUCGGGCUGCUCUGCUUUAUUUUGAAGCAAUGCUUGGGACAUUGAAAAGGACAAAGGAAAGUAUUGGCCGAGCAACACGUAUAGCUAUUGACUGUGCAAAGUUUGGCAUUGCAGCUAAGGUCAUGGAAAUUCUUGCCCACAAUCUUGAAAAUGAAUCAAGUCUGCAUCGGAGGGUAGAUUUGUUUUUUCUUGUUGACUCUAUUGCACAGUUUUCUAGAGGUUUAAAAGGUGAUGUUUGUUUAGUUUAUUCCUCCGCUAUCCAAGCAGUCCUCCCUCGACUAUUAUCCGCUGCUGUUCCUCCUGGAAAUGCUGCACAAGAGAACCGUAGGCAAUGUCUUAAGGUUUUAAGGCUGUGGUUGGAGAGAAAAAUCCUACCAGAACCCAUGGUUCGCCACCAUAUCCGGGAAUUGGAUUUGUAUAGUUCAAUUUCUGCAGGUGUCUUUUCACGACGAUCAUUAAAAAUAGAGAGGGCUAUGGAUGACCCUAUAAGAGAAAUGGAGGGUAUGCAUGUUGACGAAUAUGGAAGCAACUCAAGUUUGCAGCUACCUGGAUUUUGCAUGCCCCGAAUGCUCAAAGACGAAGAUGAAGAUGACAAUGAAGAGAGUGAUUCCGAUGGAGGGAAUUUUGAGGCUGUCACACCUGAGCAUAUUUCUGAAGUACAUGAAAUGACUUCUACAAUUGAUAAACACAGGCAUAUCUUAGAAGAUGUUGAUGGUGAACUUGAAAUGGAAGAUGUUGCUCCCACUCAUGAUGUUGAAAUGAAUUCAUUUUGCAAUGUUGAAAGAGGAAAUACCUCACAGUUUGAGAAGAAUAUCUCCCUGUCCGCUGCCCCUCUACCUCAGCCUGUGCCUCAAUCUUCCCCACUUCCACCAUCAGCCCCUCCACCACCCCCACCACCUCCACCACCCCCACCACCUCCUCCCCCACCACCCCUUCCUGUGCCACACCUUGUUGCAUCUACCUCUGAUCCAUGUAGUGCUGUAUUUAAUUCAAGAGGUCAUGCAGAAUCACAGUGUGUGAAAGACAACCCACUUCACCCCAUGGCUCAGCCAUCGGCUGCACCAAGGAGUAACCAUCCUAGUAGUGAUGCAGUACACUAUCAUGGCUCAGAAUAUAGAGAAGUGCACAUGCCAGAGUCUACUUGCUCUUUCAACAGUUUCCCUGUACCACCAGUAAAUUAUCAACAUUCUGAUGGUGUUGCUAUGAAUAAUAGAGGAUAUUCUAUAAGGCCACCAUGUCAUGUGCCGUCAAAUCAAUUUUCUUUUGUUCACGGGGAACAUCAUGUGAGACAUCAAAGGGAGGUUCCACCACCACCACCACCACCUUACUCCAACAGGCAACACUUUGCGGAGAACUUGGAGAGAGAGCACUUCUAUAAUAAUAAUCAUGAAAGAUUAAAACCGCCUCCAUAUGAUUACCGAGAGAGAUGGGAUGUACCCCCACCUUAUUCUGGUCCUAGAUAUCCGGACGAAGAUAUGCCUUCCCCAUAUGGGUGUCAUCCAUGUGAACCACCUAGAGUACCAGGUCAUGGGUGGAGAUUUCCUCCUCGGUCAAUGAAUCACAGGAACACCAUGCCAUUUAGACCACCCUUUGAAGAUUCAAUUCCAGUUACAAACAGAGGUCCAAACUUUUGGCGGCCUAGGUGAUAGUAACCAAGGAUCCAAGUCUGGUAUAACUGUCUUUUUCAACCCGAACUCUGGCUUUGUUUAGGAGGGGUUUAUGGUCCAUCAUUCUGUACAUGCAGGACUCCUUGAAGGAGGAUUCAACAUAAUCUGCACAUGACUUGUGAAUGUAUCACUAGAUUUGUUGUACAUAUGUAUUUAAGCCUGUUUUGCAAAAUGCAGGGCAGGAAGAGUCAUUGUAGAGUUGUGGGAGAGGUGUAACUUUAACUUAGGUGGUGUCAAAAUUUUUCCCUGCAAAGUUUUUAUAAUUUAUUUUAUGAUAUCCCGUACAGAAUUUAGAUCAGUAUAUAUAUAAAUUUCAGUGAAUAUUUCCUGGAAUUGUUCUUAA